AAGGUUUUGUAUUCCCAAGUUUGUCAGUCAAAUUACAAGUCUUGUAACUCGAAAGCGUCCAAGAAAAGCAAAGUGCAGAUAUGAUUUCAUUUAAGGUUGCUGUUGCUUUCACCACGAUGAUGGCGCUCGUACUGUCAGUCCCCGUCUACGAAGAACACAAGGAGAUUGAGCAAUACGCGCACCCUAAGUACGAGUUCAAAUACGGGGUGAAGGACGAACACACACACGACAUCAAGGAGCAGGCAGAGAAACGUGACGGCGACAAAGUCGAAGGCUACUACAAGUUGGUUGAACCUGAUGGCACCACUCGUACGGUCCACUACACUUCUGACAAACACACCGGGUUCCACGCUCAGGUCGUGAGGUCCGGACACGCCAUUCAUCCUAUUCAACAAGAGAAGAAGAUCAUCCUCCCCGUAAAGAAAAUUGUACUCCCUAAAUAUGAAGAGGUUCCCUUACCGUCUUACUCUCAAAAAUCAUCCGGUGACGCCGAAAGCUACAGCAGUUUCAACUUCUAAACUGAAGAAACUGAUGUCGUCCUUGGAAGGUUAGACUGAAGGCUCAUGCAAUUCAAAAGUCCGCACUCCACAUUUACGUCAGCUUAAUUUCACUAACGUAUUAUAGAAAAUACACAGAAGAGCUCGCCGAUUAUUGUUGAUUGAAUCUGUAAAUGUAUAUCUUAUUUUAAUAUCUCGCUUAUGUAAUACGUAAAUCUCAAUGCAGAAAAUGCCCAGGGCAGGUUUAGUGAGGGCGCCGAUUGCAGAUUCGUAGUUGAUAUGUAUUUAACAUACCUUAAAUAUGUUCUGGUAUAUGUUAUAUGCUUUAUUAUUCAUUCGAUCGUCUUCGAAGUUAGUAGCAACAUAAAAACUGGAGUUUCAUGAAUGGUCUCAAAGAUUUUAAGCUAUCAAUUAUUGACUUAGGAAACUGAAUCUUUUCAAAAGCUAGAUUUUAGCCUUCCAAGGAUGUGUGAUGUGUAAACUUUCUGUCACACUACUUCAUAUGUUCAUCGUUGUUUCGCAUUUCCAUCUACACAUUGGUAUCUGUUUGUAUUUCUUCAUAGAGACUGUAUAUAAUUCGUUUACGAUGUGUGAAUGUAUUAAAUACUUUAUAGGUAUUAAAUAUUAUACAAAUUCC